UCUACAGCUGACCUGUCCUGGAAGCAGCAUAACUAACGAAGCUGCUGCAGGAUGAGAAGAUGGCAGCGCGGCUGCUCGCACCACCAGGCCCUGAUAGUUUCAAGCCUUUCACUCCUGAGUCACUGGCAAACAUCGAGAGGCGCAUUGCUGAGAGCAAGAUCAAGAAACCUCCAAAGGCUGAUGGCAGCCAUCGGGAAGAUGAUGAGGACAGCAAGCCCAAGCCAAACAGUGACCUGGAGGCAGGGAAGAGUUUGCCUUUCAUCUAUGGGGACAUCCCACAAGGCCUGGUUGCGGUUCCCCUGGAGGACUUUGACCCAUACUAUUUGACGCAGAAAACCUUUGUAGUAUUAAACAGAGGGAAAACACUCUUCAGAUUUAGUGCCACGCCUGCCUUGUACAUUUUAAGUCCUUUUAACCUGAUAAGAAGAAUAGCUAUUAAAAUUUUGAUACAUUCAGUAUUUAGCAUGAUCAUUAUGUGCACUAUUUUGACCAACUGUGUAUUCAUGACUUUUAGUAACCCUCCUGAGUGGUCGAAGAAUGUGGAGUACACAUUCACAGGGAUUUAUACAUUUGAAUCACUAGUGAAAAUCAUCGCAAGAGGCUUCUGUAUAGACGGCUUUACCUUUUUACGGGAUCCAUGGAACUGGUUAGAUUUCAGUGUCAUCAUGAUGGCAUAUGUGACAGAGUUUGUGGACCUGGGGAAUGUCUCAGCGCUGAGAACAUUCAGGGUUCUCCGAGCUUUGAAAACUAUCUCUGUAAUUCCAGGCCUGAAGACUAUUGUGGGGGCCCUAAUUCAGUCGGUGAAGAAGCUGUCAGAUGUGAUGAUUCUGACAGUUUUCUGCCUGAGUGUCUUUGCCUUGAUCGGGCUGCAGCUCUUCAUGGGGAAUCUGCGGAACAAGUGUGUGGUGUGGCCUAUAAACUUCAAUGAGAGCUAUCUUGAAAAUGGCACCAAAGGCUUUGAUUGGGAGGAGUAUAUCAACAAUAAAACAAAUUUUUACACGGUUCCUGGCAUGCUGGAACCUUUACUAUGUGGGAACAGUUCUGAUGCUGGGCGUUGCCCAGAGGGAUACGAGUGUAUGAAAGCAGGAAGGAACCCCAACUAUGGUUACACAAGCUUUGAUACUUUCAGCUGGGCUUUCUUGGCAUUAUUUCGACUUAUGACCCAGGACUACUGGGAAAAUUUAUAUCAGCUGACCUUGCGGGCAGCUGGGAAAACAUACAUGAUAUUCUUUGUCUUGGUCAUCUUUGUGGGUUCUUUUUACCUGGUGAACUUGAUCUUGGCUGUGGUGGCCAUGGCCUAUGAAGAACAAAAUCAGGCAACUCUGGAGGAGGCAGAGCAAAAGGAGGCUGAGUUCAAAGCCAUGUUGGAACAACUUAAGAAGCAACAGGAAGAGGCACAGGCUGCUGCAAUGGCCACUUCUGCAGGAACUGUCUCAGAAGAUGCCAUAGAGGAAGAAGGUGAAGAUGGGGUGGGCUCUCCUCGGAGCUCAUCUGAACUUUCUAAACUCAGUUCCAAGAGUGCCAAGGAAAGACGUAACAGGAGAAAGAAGAAGAAGCAAAAGGAACUCUCUGAAGGAGAAGAGAAAGGAGAUCCUGAGAAGGUGUUUAAGUCAGAAUCUGAAGAUGGCAUGAGGAGGAAAGGCUUUCGACUACCAGAUAACAGAAUAGGAAGGAAAUUUUCCAUCAUGAAUCAGUCACUACUCAGCAUUCCCGGCUCCCCGUUCCUCUCCCGCCACAACAGCAAAAGCAGUAUCUUCAGCUUCCGCGGGCCUGGGAGGUUCCGGGACCCGGGCUCAGAGAACGAGUUUGCGGAUGACGAGCACAGCACCGUGGAGGAGAGCGAGGGCCGGCGGGACUCCCUGUUCAUCCCCAUCCGCGCCCGGGAGCGCCGCAGCAGCUACAGUGGCUACAGCGGCUACAGCCAAGGCAGCCGCUCCUCGCGUAUCUUCCCCAGCCUGCGGCGCAGCGUGAAGCGCAACAGCACGGUGGACUGCAAUGGCGUGGUGUCCCUCAUCGGAGGCCCCGGCUCCCACAUCGGCGGGCGUCUCCUGCCAGAGGUGAAAAUAGAUAAGGCAGCUACUGAUGACAGUGGUACCACUGAAGUGGAAAUUAAGAAGAAAGGCCCUGGAUCACUCCUAGUGUCCAUGGAUCAACUGGCCUCUUAUGGGAGGAAGGACAGGAUCAACAGUAUUUUGAGUGUUGUUACAAAUACACUAGUAGAAGAGCUUGAAGAGUCACAGAGAAAGUGUCCGCCAUGCUGGUAUAAGUUUGCCAACACUUUCCUCAUCUGGGAGUGUCACCCCUACUGGAUAAAGCUGAAAGAGAUUGUGAACUUGAUUGUUAUGGACCCUUUUGUGGAUUUGGCCAUCACCAUCUGCAUUGUUCUAAAUACUCUGUUCAUGGCAAUGGAGCACCAUCCUAUGACACCACAAUUUGAACAUGUCUUGUCUGUGGGAAAUCUGGUUUUCACUGGAAUUUUCACAGCAGAAAUGUUCUUGAAGCUCAUCGCCAUGGAUCCCUACUAUUAUUUCCAAGAAGGCUGGAACAUUUUUGAUGGAUUUAUCGUCUCCCUCAGUUUAAUGGAAUUGAUGCUAGCAGAUGUGGAGGGGCUUUCGGUGCUUCGAUCUUUCCGAUUGCUCCGAGUCUUCAAGUUGGCAAAAUCCUGGCCUACCCUGAACAUGCUGAUCAAGAUUAUCGGAAAUUCAGUGGGUGCCCUGGGCAACCUCACAUUGGUGCUGGCAAUAAUUGUCUUCAUCUUUGCUGUGGUGGGGAUGCAACUCUUUGGAAAGAGCUACAAGGAAUGUGUGUGCAAGAUCAACCAGGACUGUGAACUCCCUCGCUGGCACAUGAAUGACUUUUUUCAUUCCUUCCUCAUUGUCUUUCGAGUGUUGUGUGGGGAAUGGAUCGAGACCAUGUGGGACUGCAUGGAGGUAGCAGGCCAGGCCAUGUGCCUCAUUGUCUUCAUGAUGGUCAUGGUUAUUGGCAACUUGGUGGUCCUGAACUUAUUUCUGGCCUUGCUCCUGAGCUCCUUCAGCGCAGACAAUCUGGCAGCCACAGAUGAUGAUGGGGAAAUGAACAACCUACAGAUCUCAGUAAUCCGUAUCAAGAAGGGUAUAGCUUGGACCAAAGUGAAAGUCCGUGCCUUCAUGCAGGCCCACUUUAAGCAGCGUGAAGCAGAUGAAGUGAAACCUUUGGAUGAACUGUAUGAAAAGAAGGCAAACUGCAUUGCUAACCACACUGGUGCAGAUAUCCACAGGAAUGGUGACUUUCAGAAGAAUGGCAAUGGCACUACCAGUGGCAUUGGUAGCAGUGUGGAGAAGUACAUCAUCGAUGAAGACCACAUGUCCUUCAUCAACAAUCCAAAUCUAACUGUGCGGGUGCCUAUUGCUGUAGGCGAGUCUGAUUUUGAGAAUGUCAACACAGAGGAUGUUACCAGCGAAUCAGAUCCUGAAGGCAGCAAAGAUAAACUCGAUGAUACUAGCUCCUCUGAAGGUAGUACCAUUGAUAUCAAACCAGAAGUAGAAGAAGUCCCUGUGGAGCAGCCUGAGGAAUACUUGGAUCCAGAUGCCUGCUUCACAGAAGGUUGUGUCCAGCGAUUCAAAUGCUGCCAGGUCAACAUUGAAGAAGGUCUAGGCAAGUCUUGGUGGAUUCUGCGGAAAACCUGCUUCCUCAUCGUAGAACACAAUUGGUUUGAGACCUUCAUCAUCUUCAUGAUUCUGCUCAGCAGUGGUGCCCUGGCCUUCGAGGACAUCUACAUUGAGCAGAGAAAGACCAUUCGAACCAUCCUGGAGUAUGCUGACAAAGUCUUCACCUACAUCUUCAUCCUGGAGAUGUUGCUCAAGUGGACGGCCUAUGGCUUUGUCAAGUUUUUCACCAAUGCCUGGUGCUGGCUGGACUUCCUCAUUGUUGCUGUCUCUUUAGUCAGCCUUAUAGCUAAUGCCCUGGGCUACUCGGAACUAGGUGCCAUAAAGUCCCUUAGGACCCUAAGAGCUUUGAGACCCUUAAGAGCCUUAUCACGAUUUGAAGGGAUGAGGGUGGUGGUGAAUGCCUUGGUGGGCGCUAUCCCCUCCAUCAUGAAUGUGCUGCUGGUGUGUCUCAUCUUCUGGCUGAUUUUCAGCAUCAUGGGAGUUAACCUAUUUGCGGGAAAGUACCACUACUGCUUUAAUGAGACAUCUGAAAUCCGAUUUGAAAUUGAAGAUGUCAACAAUAAAACUGAGUGUGAAAAGCUCAUGGAAGAGAACAGUACAGAAAUCAGAUGGAAGAAUGUGAAGAUCAACUUUGACAAUGUUGGGGCGGGAUAUCUCGCACUGCUUCAAGUGGCAACUUUCAAAGGCUGGAUGGACAUCAUGUAUGCAGCAGUAGAUUCCCGAAAGCCUGAUGAACAGCCUAAGUAUGAGGACAACAUCUAUAUGUACAUCUACUUUGUCAUCUUCAUCAUCUUCGGCUCCUUCUUUACCCUGAACUUGUUCAUUGGUGUCAUCAUUGAUAACUUCAAUCAACAAAAGAAAAAGUUUGGAGGUCAGGAUAUCUUCAUGACUGAAGAACAGAAGAAGUACUACAAUGCCAUGAAAAAGCUGGGCUCAAAGAAACCACAGAAACCCAUUCCCCGCCCUUUGAACAAAAUCCAAGGCAUCGUCUUUGAUUUUGUCACUCAACAAGCCUUUGACAUUGUUAUCAUGAUGCUCAUCUGCCUUAACAUGGUGACAAUGAUGGUGGAGACAGAUACUCAGAGCAAGCAGAUGGAGACCAUUCUCUACUGGAUCAAUUUUGUCUUCGUCAUCUUCUUCACCUGUGAGUGUGUGCUCAAAAUGUUCGCCUUGAGGCACUACUACUUCACCAUUGGCUGGAACAUCUUCGACUUCGUGGUUGUCAUCCUCUCCAUUGUGGGAAUGUUCCUGGCUGAACUGAUUGAGAAAUACUUUGUUUCCCCAACCCUAUUUCGAGUCAUCCGAUUGGCCCGAAUUGGGCGCAUCUUGCGUCUGAUCAAAGGUGCCAAAGGGAUUCGUACCCUGCUCUUUGCCUUAAUGAUGUCCUUGCCUGCUCUUUUCAACAUUGGCCUUCUGCUCUUUCUGGUCAUGUUCAUCUUCUCCAUCUUUGGAAUGUCCAACUUUGCAUAUGUGAAGCAUGAAGCCGGCAUUGAUGACAUGUUCAACUUUGAGACCUUUGGCAACAGCAUGAUCUGCCUCUUUCAGAUCACUACUUCAGCUGGUUGGGAUGGCCUACUGUUGCCUAUCCUCAACCGACCCCCUGAUUGCAGCCUGGAUAAGGAACACCCAGGGAGUGGCUUUAAGGGGGAUUGUGGGAACCCCUCAGUGGGUAUCUUCUUCUUUGUAAGCUACAUCAUUAUCUCCUUCCUGAUUGUGGUAAACAUGUACAUUGCCAUCAUCUUAGAAAACUUCAGUGUGGCCACGGAGGAGAGUGCAGACCCUCUGAGUGAGGAUGACUUUGAGACCUUCUAUGAGAUCUGGGAGAAGUUUGACCCCGAUGCCACCCAGUUCAUUGAAUACUGUAAGCUGGCAGACUUUGCUGAUGCCUUGGAACAUCCUCUCCGAGUGCCCAAGCCCAACACCAUUGAGCUCAUCGCCAUGGAUCUACCAAUGGUCAGUGGUGACCGCAUCCACUGCUUGGACAUCCUUUUUGCCUUCACCAAGCGGGUUCUAGGAGAUAGUGGGGAGUUGGACAUCCUUCGACAGCAGAUGGAGGAGCGGUUCGUGGCAUCCAAUCCUUCCAAAGUGUCUUAUGAGCCAAUCACAACCACAUUGCGUCGCAAACAGGAAGAAGUAUCUGCUGUGGUCCUACAGCGCGCUUACAGGGGACAUUUAGCAAGGAGGGGCUUCAUUUGCAAAAAGAUAACUUCCAAUAAGUUAGAGAAUGGAGGCACACACCGGGAGAAAAAAGAGAGCACCCCCUCCACAGCCUCCCUGCCCUCCUAUGACAGUGUAACUAAACCCGAGAAGGAGAAGCAGCAGCGGGCCGAGGAAGGAAGAAGGGAAAGAGCCAAAAGACAAAAAGAGGUGAGAGAAUCCAAGUGUUAGAGGACAGCAAAUGUUAAAUAUUGUACAGAUAUAAAACUUGGAAGUGAAAGAUUGUUUACAAACUUCCUGAAUAUUCUCAAUGCAGAAGAGCUGUGGACACUGUAAUCUGAAGACCUAAUACCAAACGUAGUCCGCUUCCCAUGUAACACGGUUGCAUCUUGAGCAGUGACCUGCCGAGGGCAAAGGACCCUGCUCCCUGGACAUACAGGUUUUCUAAUGCUUGGGCAGGUGGUAACUGCAUGUUCCACAUAAGUCAAUGCAACUUAGGACAAAACAAAACAGGAUAUAAACACAGAGGAGAGGCUGCCGGGACAAGCAUAUUUCCGUUGCAGCCAAAUGGAUUUAUUUUUUUGUUUUGCUGAUUCUCAGAAGCAGAAAGUAUCACUUUAAAAAAAAAAGUUUGUUUGUUCAUGCAAACUAUAUUUGCAUUCUUACAUUAGUUAAGCUAAGCAGCAAAAAGAAACACACACACAUUUAGCCCAUGUCAUUUAAUUGUCAGUUUCUUUGACAUAAGCCACAUAUUCUCCACAUGGGCUUCACAUGGUUUAGAGAUGGGUGGGUGAAAACAAUCAGGUUUCUUCAGGCUGAGGAGGACUUGCUCAGGCCGAUUCCAAACAUUGUGCUCAUUCAAUGCGUAGAAGUGAUUUGCAUGAUGGCAUGCUGUGAUCAGAAGUCAUGCAUGAGAGCCAUACACCACAGGACACUAAUCCUGUCCCCUGCGCUGGCCAGCCUCUGGACAGGACCCAGCCCUGCACCGUUCACUGUAUUUGGAGAAAAAAAAAUGGUAAGAAUUCCAUACCUGCUGCAAUUUAUAAAUUCUUAGAAGUCUUUCAUAUACCUUCUGGGUAGGGAAACAUAACCAACCAAUUGACCGCCACCAACAGCAACAAAAACAAACCCAAUCCAACAAGCAGCUGGAUCCGUUGUGUGUAUAUGUUUAACAGACAUCUCUGACAUACAGCCAUUAUUGCACAUUUUGAAAGAUGAACUAUUUAAUGCUGCUCUAUGUCCCGUACAUGGGGAAGCUUCGAUUUCAAAUGGCUUGUAUUAAUAAUGUCACUGUAAAACCAAAUCCUAGGGCUAAAGCAAAAAAAAAAAAAAAAAAAAAAAAAAAUUUUAUUUGUAUCUUGCAAUAUUUAUGAUGAUUGUUUAGCCUUCAUACUAACACUUAUUUGGAGUAGAGACAUAAGUGCUAUUCCAAGUAGCAUGUUAUUUCUGGGGGUAACUUGGGGAACUUAAACGUUUUGUUGGGGUCAAAGGGUGCUCACUUUAUUUAGUGUCACAUCCUUCUGCAUCGUGGCUUUCUCCGGGUGCGGGUUCAUAUGGAGAGCGGUUUAGCUAUUUGGAACUGCCCUCUCUUCUCCAGGGAAGCUGUCUCAAGUUCACACACUCCAUGAUUCCCCUUGCCUCCAUCACAUUUCUCCAUUCAGCAGCUUCCCCUACCCUCAUAGUGGGUGAGGCCAGCAGCACUGGGACGAGGGCUGUGAUUUCUUCCAUUUAUCAUUAGAAUUGUCGCUCGCUCGGUGUGGGGCCUGUGUUAGAACUGUAAUCACCUCUGAACCAGCUCACCUGGUUUCUUGAUUGCACCCAAGAGAAAGCAGAUCUAUUCUUCAUUCUGGAAGGCGUCCCAGCUCCCUCCACCCCAUGCCCUCCCUUUCACUGGUUUUGCUGUCUGCUUAGCAAUGCCCAUUGUCAUUGGAGGUUGGCUUGAGGGCAACAUCACUUUUUCCAUUCAGUCUGCUUUUAACGAAGAGCUUUGAGCCCAGGGCUUUCUCACUAGCUGGCUAGAUUUCAAAGCCAAGAUGUUGCAAUUGAUAUCUGUACAGAGAACGAGGAGAGACUUUAGCAUGUGAACCAAAUCAAAAUAAAUUCUUCCUGAAUCAUACAAUAGAGGGGAGAACAACCCCCCCUCAAUAAUCCAACACACCAAUCUGCCUUGCAGUAGAAGCACUUUGGAUGUCCUUUCACAGUCCUCCUGACUAGUUUUGCAUAGAACAAACCACAACAAGCCAGUCAGCCAAGCUUUCUGUCUUGUUGGACCUUGAGCUCUCUUUAGCCUGCUUCUGCGGAAUCACCCGUAGAACUUUCCUACUAUAGCCAAUGCCAGUUUGGGAAGGCAUUUCUUUCAGUGACCCUGCUAAUUGCUAGGAUGAAUGUAUAGUAACAUGUACAGGCUACAUUGUAAACAGCACAAAACAGAAGCUGACAUGUGUGGUUAGUCUUUUUAAGAGAAUUAUAAAUACUGUAAUAUAUCAUUUUAUUUUAUUGGCAUGCCUUUUUGUAAAUACAAAUUAUGGACUUAUUAAAUAGGAAAUGGCUUCUGGCUUAUGCCAUUGUCAUGUUUAUUUUUAUUUUUUAUACUUUUCUUUCUUCUUAGAACUUAGAUGCUGUCAGCCAAUGUAUAUCCCCAAACCAGACAGACAGACAAAAAAUUUUUUAUUGCAAAUGGUCUUUUCCAAAACCACAAAAAAUAAUAUAUUUUUGUUCCAAUGUGCAAUAAAUUCUAACCACGUCUAUGCAAGAUUUGGCUAACCUUCAUAAUUGUUCUUCGGUCUUGAGAUGGGCGACAGAGCUCACUCUGCUCCCUCCAUAUCCCCCAAGUGCUCGUGCUAGUGAUGUCAUCAUGCUACUAAAGCAGAAUAAGGUUUUUCUCUGAGACCCUUUUCAUCCCCAACCCCAACCCCAGCCCAGCAGGCCUCUCCUCAGUAACACACACACACACACACACACACACACACACACACACACACACACACACACACACACACGAAUCUGAACCCUCUGCAUUGUAAAGAAGUCCCCCCACCCCCACAUGCACACUGCGCUAUUUUUCUUUCAAUUUUUCCACUUCCUUCUCUCACCCACUCACUGGCCCACCCUGAUCCACACAUAUUUGGUAGUUACUGACACCAUCACCAGCAGUUUACACCUGCGGUUAACAGGCAUUGAACUGAAAAAAAAAAAAAAAGUGAAGAUGCUUCUGGACCUCUUCACUGAGUGGGUAAGUGGCAACGCUUUGCCAAAUAUUAAUGAAGCCAAUCAAAAAGCAGCAGCAGCCACAGUAUCACUACACACACAUAUAUAUAGAUAUAAAUAUAAUAUAAAUAUUUAUUUUUUGUAGCCAGUGCAGUAUUUAUACUACACAAUCCACCUUUACUAAAAGGACAUAAAGCAAAAAGGUAUGUGAUGCUGAUCAUUUCAGAUGCAGAGCCAAAGCCGCUGAGCAGCAACUGACACUUGCUGGUUUUGUGACAAACACUUCCCCUCUUUCUGGAGCCUCUUUGUGGCUCAGGUAUAAGGAAACUCUAUCAUUGAAAGCAGGGAAAUGCCCCGGUCCAUCUGAUCUCCCACUCCUCUCUGGUGGAGCUGCUGGGGGCAUCAGUUUGGCAGUGGGGAGAAAAACGAACUCCCAGCCAAAGCACCUGCAAGACAGUGCCCAGUGUUCUUUUCUUUUUACGCCACAACCAAUGUGAGCCUGUACCAACCAGUAGUAAAGAUUAGUGUUGUAGCAAAUGCAUGGAGGCCACCGCUGUUCUCAAUGAGGUGUGUGGCACAGCACGCCACUACUAUAAGCCAACAGGAAACAAUAAAAACCACCCUUUCACCGUGCAUGGGAAGCCUGUCUUGGUGUGUAUUUGUUGCCUGAUAAUUCCAAUUCUUGAGUCCUGGGAAGGGGCUGGGAAUUGGAACUUUAGCACAUUUGGGGAAAGGAGGGAAAUGGAGGGAGAGAACUCAGAGGGUCUCUUGGUAAGUUCUGCCUGUGAAGUAGAGAUCAGAAGGGAACGAAGGUCCUGACCCCACCCCUCUCACCACUGCAUGUGGCAAUCCCCUACAGGUCCAUACUCCCAGGCCCACUAAACUCCUUCCUCUACAGCCACCUGGCAGAAGCCCCGGGGAUGUCAGCCAAAACAACCAGUACAUUAUAGGAAGAGGAAAAAAAAAAAACCUCAGCACCCCAAAGCUUGGGCAAGCACGAUGCCCCACCAGCAUCCACUCUGCUAGCUAGCUAAUGCUGGGGCCUGCCAUCAUCACCCUGCCAACUCAGGCCGGUUUCAUUCACAUUCAUGCUGGGGAGAGGAGUACCCUCCCCUUCCUUCAUCUCCCCAUUUGGGGAGCCCCUCCCUAGGCCCUGUCUCCCAGUCCAGGAAAACUCUCAGGAGGAUUUUGAAGUGCCCGCUCUAGUCCGCUCCAGGAGCUCCACUCUGGAGAAAGAUGGCUGGUAGGUCAGUGUCCCUCCCCCGGCCCAGCCUCCAGGCCUGCUGUGGAGGUGGAUCGCCAUGGUUAUGACUUUGCGACUUGAGUCCUGGGCAUCUUCUGCAAUGAUGCCUCUUUCUUUUCUCAGAUGUUGCCCAAAGUUUUGCAAAAAGCUUCGUUCAUUUUCAGGUACCCCCACCCCCUAAAAAAUUGGCUGCAACUAGUCAGCCAGGGGGCACAUCAGGAGAGAAGAGGAAGUCUGGAUUGGGACAGGCCCAGAGUUUGCGCAGGGUCUACCUUGUGGUUUAGCUCUGUGCUUUUUGGGUUUCUAGCCCAAGAUUUCCUCCAUUUAAGUGCUCCUGAGGCACCCUCUGCCCCUGUCCCCCACUGCUGUUUGCUGUACAUAGAGGCUAAGUGGGGUGGGGUGGGAGGGUGUGCACGUGGUAUGUGUGUGUGUAUGUGUGUGUGUGUGUGUGUGUGUGUGUGAGUGUGUGUGAAGAAUGUAUAUAGGUAAAGGGGAGCGUGGCCCAGUGGUUCCAGAAAAGGGGCAGAACUCCAGUGUUCCAUCCCCAGCUCAACCACUGGCUCGCUAUGUGGCCUUGGGCAAGUCACUUAACCUCUCUGUGCCUCAGUUUCCCCAUCUGUAAAAUGGGGAUAAUAAUACUGACCUACCUCACAGGGGUGUUGUGAGGCUUUAACUAAAUGUUUUGUAAAAUGUUUUGAGAUACAGAGGCAAAGGCACUAGGGAAGGGCAAAGUAUCAUUUGGACUUAAGGAAGAUGAAAUGGUACCAUAAAUGCUGCUAUUCUGAGAGCCAUUUUAAUCUGCACUGCUCCACCCACCCCCGCUUCUCAUCACCAGGACAGCAGGUUGAUAAAAUGUCUUUCCUUUCACUUGCUUCUGGGGUUUGUGAUUAUUCUAGACACUUAAUUUCCUUCCCUUGCUGUUGUAUCUCCUUCCCUCGCCCCCUCGACUUGUUCCCUGUUCCGUUUAUGCGGAAAUGGCAGAAAUGCUUAAGAAAUGAGAAUGUAUAAGUGAAUUGGAAGUUUAUAGUCUGAAAUUUCAAUUUUACUUUGUACUGUACAUCUUUUUACUUUAGAAUUUGCAAUAAAGGGUUACGUCAAUCUUGUUUUCAACUCUC